AUGGCUUCCCAAGAACCCCAGAUUAAACUUAUCGAGUUAACCGACGCUGAGCUUGCGACUCGACAAAUCGGAUCACACAGCCUGCAAAAAUGUCUAGAAGCUCUCCAUCGUGAUGGAAUAGUCGUCCUCAAGAACGCCGUCAAUCCAUCCCAUCUGGACAAGCUCAACAAGCGAAUGGUCGACGAAGCCAAAAGCCUCUAUGAACGCACAGAGACUCACAGAAACUUCGGCAAAGGAACAGGCAACAUUCAACAAGAGCCCGUCUGCUCAGCAGAGUACAUUUUCGAAGAUAUAAUCGCCAACCCCUUCGCAACAUCCGUAAUCGAAAGUAUGAUCGGCCCACACCCAACAAUGCGCUUCUACAGCGCCAACACGGCAUUCAAAGCUACAGAGAGACAGCCAGUGCAUAUCGAUGUCGACUUUGAUAUGCCGCGCAUGCCAUUUGCCUUCUGUGUAAAUGUCAAUCUUGUCGAUACCUCGCCAAAGAAUGGAGCGACGGAGGUGUGGCUUGGUAGUCAUACGGACACGGAUCGAUAUGUGCUGGAUCAAACCACCCAGCAUAAGCAGAUCAGGGCAGAUUUACUGGAGGAAAGGAGGCGCAUUAGUCCCGGUAUCCAGCCUGGGUUGCCGAAGGGUUCUUUGAUGAUUCGGGAUUUCAGGUUGUGGCAUGCUGGUAUGCCGAAUCGGACUGAUGAUCCGAGGGUUAUGCUUGUAUCUAUUCAGUUUGCGAGCUGGUAUCGGAGUGGGCUUAAGUUUGUGUUGCCGCGCAGUUUGGACGGGAGGGUUGAUUGGGGCCGUGUUGUCCCUGCUGUACAGUGGGUUGAUGAUGAUUAUGAUUAUUUGCAGGGGGCGCAUGAUCAUGAUUUUUCGCCGUUGCCCUAG